UUCUGACGGUCGUUCUGUAUUGAAGCGGAGAGUGAGAGUAGGAGAGUGAGAGUUUACAGCUGCAGCAUCACUUCCUAUAGCGCACCCAAACUGCGAGGACACCACUUCAUCCGAAGCAAACCCAUUGGAGUGUACAAUCACCUGCGAGGCUGUGACUGCACUUUCUCUGAAGCAGACAAGAACCCAACGAAAUAUUUUAUUUAUUUAUUUAUUAGCUACGAAAGGGAAUGCCAUCUAUAAAUAUGAAACUGGAGAUGGUGACCAUUAUCGCCUGCGAGGUAGAUACCGACGUGUUUACGUCCGACAAAAUGCAGGAGCGGUUUGAGGCCUUAUUCAGGAUCUAUGACGAGCAGACGUCCUUCCAGAUGUUCAAGAGCUUCAGGCGAGUCCGCAUCAGCUUCAGCACUCCGGAGGCGGCCGCCCGCGCUCGUGUCGAGCUCCACGAGACCGAGUUCAAUGGGAAGCAGCUCGAGCUUUACUUUGCCCAGGUUCAGAACUCUGGGGAGGACAUAGACAAGUCGUACCUGGCCCCUCCCGCGCCCGUCAAACAGUUCCUCAUCUCGCCCCCCGCCUCGCCGGGCGUGGGCUGGAGCCAGAGCGAAGACGCAACGCCUGUCAUCAACUACGACCUGCUGUGUGCUGUGGCCAAGCUAGGCCCAGGGGAGAAUUAUGAGCUGCACGCGGGCACGGAGUCGACCCCCAGUGUGGUCGUGCAGGUGUGCGACAGCGACGCCGAAGACGACAACAACGCCGAAGCUCGCCCCAAGCAGAAACAGCAGAUUGUCCAAACCCGGCGCCCGGAUGGACCACCGCAAGUCCUCAACUAGGACCCUCCACUUCGGACCCCACUCCUACGACGCCCCAAAACACACACCUAGACCUGUCUUCUCUGUCUCUGCACUCGCAGAGACACAACGAGACAACGCCCCUCAUUUCAAUUCAACCAAAAACAAACAAACGACAAACAUUUGGUGGUGUUUGUGGACGGAGCGUGGCUAUUGGAUGGAAUGAGGCGGCCUGGCCUGUAUGGAUGAUGGAGGAUGGAUGAGAUUCACACGCACACUCAUCACACUCAAAGGAAAGAGAGGGAGGGAUAACGGAACCCUUGACCCUUACUCAGCCAGGGGCGGUAAUGUAACACCGUGUCCCCCCUAAAGCAGGCACACUGUCAUAGAAUCAUACACUCAGCUCUCAUAUGUGCUAGUACUGUAGUAGUUCCGCUAGUCUGACCUCUCCUUCUUCUUUCCUUCAUUUCCGUCAUCGGUUAGUUGUGUGCAAUGGACUUCGGGGACAUGCAAUACCUCCGAAGAGAGAUUUUGGUUGUUUACAUCGGUUCUUCUUCUGCUCUUUUAUCAUAUCAGCCGAUUGGUUGUUUCUGCUAUCACAGGAAUCAGGAGUGAUUGCCUGGUAUUCCUCUCGUCUGCAUGUAUAUAUGAGUUCUUAUGAGAAAAAUACUUACUACAGAGACUCAAACACUAAACUACUGUACGAAGCAAAGGAACCUAUCGAGGUCACACACGACAUAACAAAAGGUCGCCAUGUGGUAACAACAAUGUUGCGGUGGUGUUCGCACUUUCUUUUUUUGGUUCUGCUUCUGUCCUUCUUUUUUUUAAAAUCAGAGAUGUGUAUGUUGGUUUUUGCUGAACUAGAUGUGUGUUCUUCCUCUUAACAUGUAUUUGAUACCACAAACGAUCGUUUUUUUUGCAUGCUUACUUACUAUAGUCGGCAGCUGAUGCGUUUUAUACUGGUCCAGACGACAGGGAAAUGGAAUGACUCUUUUGACGACACGCAUAUCUAUAAUUUUAUAGUGUCAAGGGAGAGGCUGGCUGAGCAAGAUAUAAGACUGAGAGUGAAACGAAACCUUUACAGUGUGAGUAAAGGCCUAAGAGUAGGUCUCUCUCUUAAAGCCUAAUAGUUGGGCUUUAGGAUAGGAGUAAAAGCUAGCGUUAAUCUUCAAGAGUGUUGAUGUUUUUUCAGGGGGCAUUUUUAUGAUUCCCAUCUUUCCGGUAAUGGUUUUUGGUUCUUGUUAUGAUAUCA